AUAAUUUUAGGAGAGGUUAACAUCAUCGUUAAAGUUGAUCUGUUUACGGAUUUUAACAAAUUUCGUCAAAGUUCUUGUGGUGUAAAAUUUUUCCACUCUCCUAUAAUACCACAUGGCUAUUCUUGCAAUGUGCUUGGCUUUGUUGAAGAAUUGGUAAUAAACGACGACCCGGAGUACCAAUGGAUAGACAAGAUAAGAACGCCGCGGGCUUCAAAUGAGGCUAGACAGAUUAAUUUCAUCAAACUGUCUGGUCAAGUUCAACGAAAAAUUGGUCUAAAGGCCAUCGAACUUGGAGCGAACGCUGUUAUCGGAUAUAUACAAUGUUUCGACUUAGAGGGUGAUGUUGGGGUUGUGGCUCGAGGCAUUGGUACGGCCGUAUCUUUGGUUAAAAUUCAUGAUUCCGCUGUAACUUAUCAAUUUGUGGAUAAUACGUUAGUUGAAGAAAACGAACCUACCGCCAGCACAAUCCAUGUAUCAAAUGGAGUUAAGUUAGGGCGAGAAUCAGUCGAGAAUGGCCCUCGUGCUUCACAUAGUCCUGCCAAAGCAGGGCCUGCAGUGGCAAUUAUAAAAGAUAACAAUUUCGGAAUUGGAAUUCAAAGAAGGUCCUCGGAUUCUGAUCUCAGUAUAACUCCGAAAGGAAGCUCUCUUACGUCCAAUGAUCGUGGCUUUGGUGGAUGCACACGUGUUCAAGUAUCGAACAUGCUAAUGAAACCGCUGAAUCAUGACGCUUCGGAUCUUCUGGAAUAUCCAUUCCUUACGGUCACCGCCGGGUUAUCGCCGGGAUUUGUGCAUCAUCUUGGUGCGACCGUUUCGGCUCGUUCAGUUAAAGUUUUGGCACGUGUGCCAAAUCCCGACGAUCCAGAGACACGAGACUCGUGGUGGAACGAAUUGCGUAUGGAAAUUCGUUCUCAUGCUAGAGCAAUUGGUUGUAAUAUGGUAUUAGGUUAUUCCGAAACAACAACGAUUUCAGAAGAUGUUUGCGUAUUAUCAGCCAUCGGAACGGCAGCCGUUAUAAAUCUUCAGCAAACAGACACAAUUCCAUCUUCUUCAGACGGACAAGAUUUUGACAAAGAACCAUUGUCAGAUCUAAACACCUCAGCAAAAUGUACUGAAAGCUCAGAUAUUCGAAAAAGUUUGGAAUCAGAUGUGGAUAUUGAAACACGAGCUCCCCAUAGUGAUGCUUCCGAAAACUCGACUCGAACUGUCCCACCACAAGGAAUGACAAAUUGUUCAAUGUGCCAUAUUCCAUACACUCAGUCGUCUAUUCCGUUUAGAGUAAAUAUGAUGAAAUGUGCAAUUUGUAGAAAUGGCAAUGUUCCUGAUGUACUACUAUGUACGAUUGAAAUACCUGAUGGUCUCCAGGUAAACGGGCGUGGCAUUCUAAUUCAAGCACAUGCUUGUAGAUCGAAACGUGAUUUAAAAGGAGAAUCAAAUGCCAAGGAAAUGUCCGAUGCUUUACCAUUCUUAGAAAUAGAAUUGCAUAAGUUGCUUAUCAAUAAACUCAAAAUGAAAGGAAUGAAUGCAAUUUUCGGAUUGAAGACAUCAGUAGCCGUAGGAGAACGUUUGAUGGCGUUAGUUGCUACUGGAACGGCGUGUUACCUAUCAGCACUACCACCAGCUUCAUUUCCCAAAAUCAUUGCUGGGAAUUCGUGGGCAGAUUCUGAUAAACUAUCAGAAAUCCAAAAGUCUAUCAAGGAAACAGUGGAAAGAAAUCGUGAAUUCUGUCAGCUGAAACACGCAAAUGAUCUUUUAAACAGUAAAACAAUGGCUCAACAAGAUUCAGAUGACUCCGAAGACGAAAUGAUCGAUUUAGACCUCACGCAUGGAAACAAAGAAACGUGUGUUUUAGAAAUAGAUGAUAUUCAUGACCUCGAAAUUGUGUCUCUUUUGACGGAAGCGUGUCCUCCAGAGGGAUUUGAUGUGGUAAAUACUGAAUCUGUACCUGGACUUCAAGAUUUGGAAGUUGUUCGCAAUUUGCAAAUGUUUACUCAAGUUUGGCGUGCGAAAAUGCCAAUGAAUCAACCAAACAUCAACUUUUCGAAACAUUUCCAAAGAUUGUCAGGCAAUUUUUUUCAAGCUGAGAGCAAUGAUACCCUGUGCUAUCUGUGAUUUAAGAUUUAAACU